GGUGGAACAUUCGGGAAUGAACGUGUACCUGGUGAGGUCGGACUCGUGCGGCGACGUGGACCUGACGACGGCUCCGUCCAAAUCCGUUCACGACCUCGUGGACCACUAUCCCUAUUCCUGGAACUGUGUCGAAAGGAUCUUCCGGGAGGCAACUAUCAACUCGUCGUGCAAGUGCUACCCUGCCGACACCCUUUCGUCCGAAGAGCUGCAGAACAUCGACCUACCCGUGUGCAGACCCGAGACGUACAUGUGGUGCAUGAGACAGGAAGUGGCGAGUGACACGUAUGCUGACCUCAUCUAUGAAAGGGCUGAGAAGGAAUGCAAGCCUCUUUGCACAGAAAGCUCCUACGAAGCACUUGUCACCUACGACCACUUGAAUCCGGCCUACGCAGAAAGCGUGAUUAAGCAUCUAAAAAGAAAUCUCACUCAAAUUGGGGAUGUGGCGAUGUUCGGGGUUCACUACAACAUGCUGUCAGAACGCGUCAUCUCCUACUCGGCUUAUGCCAUCAUCGACCUCAUCAGUAGCACGGGAGGCAUUCUCAGUCUCAUCUUCGGAGGCAGCUUCAUGACCGUCAUCGAGUUCAUCACCUUCAACGUUUGGCUGUACCGUCGUCUUGUGCUGUAGAAGGAAUAAGCGGAUACGGAAGCCAGAAAUCUCGUCCUGGCGUCGCUGGACGCAUCAUCCAAAGGAUCCAUUGCUCUUUUCUAUCCUGAGAAGCUCGAGAGGACUGACCACUCAGAUUUGCUUCUUUUUCACACUCGGUGCACGGGCUUUCAGGCUGUAGGUGUCGUGAGUAUUGGUAGAAUAAAGAAACUGCAAGCCUUUUGCAGCUACCCGUGAAAAUA